UGAAAGACUCUAACGCCCAGAUCAAUGGCUGAAAUGCAAGCUGUGGAGUCUUGAAUCAGUUUCCUCGGCCAGGCGUGCCGAGGGCAGUCCUUAUAGGGUCCUCGUAGCCGUCCAAGAUGGCUGCCCCCGUGCUGAAGGCACUGCGGUCCGGGCUCGGCCUGGUCCCGGGAGUCACUUGCGCUGUCUGGCGUGUUCCAGGGCCAGCCCAGGUGAGAUGGAGCCGCUACGGUCCUGAGUUCAGGGAUCCUCUAGUUGAUAAAGAACAUUACCGCAAGCCCGAGACCGAGCUCACCGAGGAGGAAAAAUAUGACCAGGAGCUCAAGAAGACUCAGCUCAUCAAAGCAGCCCCAGCGACGACAACAUGCUCUGUGUUUGCAGACCCAGUGAUCAGUAAAUUCACCAACAUGAUGAUGAAAGGAGGAAAUAAAAUACUGGCCAGAUCCCUUGUGACCCAGACUCUAGAAGCUGUGAAAAGGAAGCAGUUUGAGAAGUACCAUGCUGCUUCUGCAGAGGAACAGGCAACCAUCGAACGCAACCCCUACAUCAUCUUCCACCAAGCACUGAAAAACUGUGAGCCUGUCAUUGGCCUUGUACCCAUCCUCAAGGGUGGCCAUUUCUACCAGGUCCCUGUGCCCCUACCUGACCGACGUCGCCGAUUCCUGGCCAUGAAGUGGAUGAUCACUGAGUGCCGAGAUAAUAAACACCGGCGGACAUUGAUGCCAGAGAAGUUGUCACAUGAGCUGCUGCAGGCUUUUCACAAUCAGGGCCCCGUGAUCAAGAGGAAGCAGGACAUGCACAAGAUGGCUGAGGCCAACCGUGCCCUGGCCCAUUACCGCUGGUGGUAGAGAGAAAGGAGAGGGUCUGGGAGGAGCCCGAGGCCCUCUACCCGACUGAAAAGUCCCUGUGUGUAAAGGAUGUAGUUUGAAGCUGGGCAUGGUGGUACAAGCCUAUAAUCCCAGUACUUGGGAGGCUGAGGCAGGAUUUUUCGGUGUUAGAGGCCUGCCUGGACUACAAAGUAAGUUCAAGGACAGCCUGAACUACAUAGGGAGACCUUGUCUCAAAACAAAACAAGAAAAACACUGACACAAAGGCUGUAGUUCUUUUUUGAGGAGGGAGCGGCCUGUUUAUUGUCCAUUGACCCUUUGUCAGUGGGGCUGGAACUGCCUCUCUGUGCCCCGUCUUAUAAAGAUGAAACAUUGGGCCGGGGAUUUAGCUCAGUGGUUCUGGUGUCUGCCUCCCAAGUGCAAGGUCCUGAGUUCAAUCCCCGGUUCCAAAAAAAAAAAGAAGAAACAUUGACUUGGAAAUUUCCUCUAAGAAACUCAGGGCCUAGUCUCCCCUUUCCUCAGCUCAGGACAGACCUUUGGAUGCGAAAGGGAAGAAGCUGUAGCAUCAGAAGAUACUUGCCCUUUAUUAGAAAAUCCUCUCCCUGAUAACAGAAGUAUUGUUGAUUAAAACUCAUUGAAGGAAA